AUGUCCUGGUGUGGCAGCCAUGGAGGUGCCCCACACAAAUCUCCCUUUAAAAGAACAUGCUAUAAGGGGCAUAGCUUAUUAAAAAUCUCCAGUUACCGCACUUGGAGUGUACCCUCCGUAGCAUUCGCUGUGAGACCACAUUUUCCUAGGACUACUCUCAGGCCCUACACACACCAGAGCUGGGAAGUGCAGUACAGUCGUGACGUCCCUCUGCCCCCACGACAAGACCUCAACGCCCCUGACCUCUAUAUUCCCACAAUGGCCUUCAUCACCUACGUGUUGCUGGCCGGGAUGGCGCUGGGCAUUCAGAAAAGGUUCUCCCCAGAGGUGCUGGGCCUAUGCGCAAGCACGGCGCUGGUGUGGGUCGUGCUGGAGGUGCUCGCUCUGCUCCUGGGCGUCUACCUGGCCACCAUGCGCAGCAACCUGAGCACCUUCCACCUGCUGGCCUACAGCAGCUACAAAUACGUCGGAAUGGUCCUCAGCGUGCUCACAGGGCUGCUCUUCGGCAGUGACGGCUACUACGUGGCGCUGGCCUGGAUGUCGUCCGCACUCCUGUACUUCAUCGUGCGCUCUCUGCGAACGGAGACCCUGGGUCCCGACAGCAUGGGGGCGGCCCCUCGGCAGCACCUCCAGCUCUACCUGACCCUGGGGGCGGCAGCUUUCCAGCCCCUCAUCAUAUACUGGAUGACCUUCCACCUGGUCCGGUGACCCCUGGCCCCUACUAGCGCUGAUUUUUCCAUACAUUGAAGAUUUGAUUUCUUUGAAAAAAAAA